CAAUUUAAAAUCUGUCAAAUCUAAACGGUAAAGUUGGCAGAGAGGCUGUGGUUCAGUUGUAUUUUUUCAACAUUAUCUCCGAGACUGUCACGACAAAGUAUCAGUUUUAACAAAUACGUGAAAAACAAUUUCUAUAAAUGUUACAUGCUGCAGCGUUGAGGGUUUUUCAGUGUACGGAAUUAGUUUUUUAUAUGAUGAAGUUUGGAGGGAUCGAUCAGCAGUAUACUAAAGAGAAAUUUAACUAAUUUCAUGUUUGUGGGAAAGAUCAAUGUUAGUGAAAUCUGGCAGGACAAGUUAACUCAAAAACAUCCUAGUGAAAUUCACUUUUUAGUGACCUCACCCCGUUUUUCUUUUUCUGUCAGGUUUACCGAUUCUGAUGUUGGGGAAAAUGUUAAUUGUGCUAUUUUACUCUUUCUCACACUUUGGUGAACUGCUUGCAAAACAAUAUUCAAAUCGUGACACUAUUAGCUUGCUGUGCUUCAUUUAGUAUGUAAAAAUAAUGUUCAUUCAGUUUAAAAUCCUUUGAAAAGUUCUUCCGAAGCAAAAAAAAGUCUUCAAAACGAAAUGGACGGUUACGGAGUGUGUCCGGAGGGGGGCGCUGUUACUCAGGUAAGAGCCGUCACUCCAGCUGACUCCUAGUAGAAACAAGUAUGGCGGCGUCCAGUGUUUUCCGACCGGGCUUGUUCAACCACAAAGUAGCGAUAGUGACCGGCGGAGGGACCGGGAUCGGUAAAGCCAUCUCUGCGGAGCUGCUCGAGCUAGGCUGCAGCGUGGUGAUCUCCAGCAGGAAGGCAGAAAGGCUGGAGGCAGCGGCUCAGGAGAUGAGGCAGAAGAUCCCCCCCAGCAGCCCUGCUAGUGUCACCACGGUUCCCUGUAACAUCCGCAGUGAGGACGAGGUGAAGGCUCUUGUGUCUUCGGUGCUGAAGCGGUAUGGUAGGAUAGACUAUCUGGUGAACAAUGGAGGGGGUCAGUUCAGCAGCCCAGUGGAGAAGAUAGCCUCCAAAGGCUGGAAGGCUGUGAUAGACACCAACCUGACUGGAACCUUUUACUGCUGCAAGGAGGUCUACACAGCCUGGAUGAAGCAGCAUGGAGGAGUGAUCAUCAACAUCAUCGCUGACAUGUGGAAAGGCUUCCCAGGCAUGGCGCACACAGGAGCAGCGAGGUCAGCCGUGGAUAACCUAACCAAGACGAUGGCCAUCGAGUGGGCAUCCUCUGGAAUCCGAGUCAACGCUGUGGCACCUGGAACAAUAUUCUCCAAAACUGCAAUGGAGAACUAUAAGGAACUUGGACCUCACCUCUUCAAGAUGUCCAUCCCACUUAGCCCUGCAAAGAGACUAGGACUGCCAGAAGAGAUCUCCUCUGCUGUAUGUUUCCUGCUGUCUCCCGGUGCCUCGUACAUCUCUGGGGCUACCCUGAGAGUGGAUGCAGGACAGAGCCUUUAUCACGCCCUGUGGGAGAUACCUGAGCACAGCUCAUGGCCUGAAGCUCCACAGGGGGAAAACCUGGACGCUCUGAAGGAACUGCUCAAGACACAAAGCAAACUUUAAUACAUUCUAGAACAUGCAAACAGCAAAUGGUUAGAUGGCAAGUACCUCAGAAGUACAGCCACAGUGGUAAAACACCAGACCCUUAAUGAUCGAACCUAAUUUAUAUAUGUGGAGUGUGGUUUAUAGUGGAAAUUGUGUGCAAAUUUGUAUAUAAUGAAGUAACAACGUAAGUGUAACUUUUUGUUGGGAUAGAUGAAUUCGAUGCUAAAAUAUUUUAAUUAUUAGCAUUUUUCAGCUAUUUUGAAGGUAAUACCAUACUUCUUUUUACGUAACACACAGGUGCUUUACAAAUGGAAGUUUAGUCACUUAAAAAGUGCUAAACACUAAGAGAUUAAAAAAUGUAAACAAUAAAAUAUGGGUAGUCUGCACUUUUGCCUGAGACUAAAAAUUAGUAAAAGUCUGUAAUAUAAGUAGUUUUGUAUUUUUAUGGUCUGGAUAAGGAUGGGAAGAGGAAGGAAAAAAGUUGUAAUUUCCUGAUUUACUUGUUUAUUCACUUUUCUAAGCUGUGUCCAUACAUUCAUCAAUUAUAUCAAUUUCAUCUGUAUUUCAGCUUGACUUCAUCAUCAAUUUGUGUUAGUUGGAUUGUUAUGGUAUAUUUACAUGUGGUAGUGAAAGCUAACUAUAUGGAGGGA